GUGAGUGAAAAAGUAGGAGGUGCCGAAGGAACCAAGCUAGAUGAUGACUUCAAAGAAAUGGAAAGGAAAGUGGAUGUUACCAGCAGGGCAGUUAUGGAGAUAAUGGCAAAGACAAUAGAGUAUCUUCAGCCCAAUCCAGCUUCCAGAGCUAAACUCAGCAUGAUCAACACUAUGUCAAAAAUUCGAGGCCAGGAAAAGGGACCAGGUUACCCUCAGGCUGAAGCCUUGCUGGCAGAUGCGAUGCUGAAAUUUGGACGAGAGCUUGGAGAAGAAUGCAACUUUGGACCAGCACUUGCAGAUGUUGGAGAAGCUAUGAAGGAGCUUUCUGAGGUCAAGGACUCUCUAGACAUGGAAGUGAAACAAAACUUCAUUGACCCACUUCAGAAUCUCCAUGACAAAGAUCUGAGAGAAAUACAGCAUCACCUAAAGAAAAUGGAGGGUCGACGCCUGGAUUUCGAUUACAAGAAGAAAAGACAGGGCAAGCUCCCUGAUGAAGAACUUCGCCAGGCUCUGGAGAAAUUUGAUGAAUCAAAAGAAAUUGCCGAGUCAAGCAUGUUCAACCUUCUGGAGAUGGAUAUUGAACAAGUGAGCCAGCUUUCUGCUCUUGUACAAGCCCAGCUGGAAUACCACAAGCAGGCCACACAGAUUCUGCAGCGAGUUACUUCUAAGCUGGAAGAUAG